AUGGAGCGUAAAAUAAACAGAAGAGAAAAAGAAAAGGAGUAUGAAGAGAAACACAACAGCCUGGAAGAUGCUGACCAGGGAAAGAACUGCAAAUCCACCCUGAUGACCCUCAACGUUGGUGGAUACUUAUACAUUACUCAGAAACAAACACUGACCAAGUACCCAGACACUUUCCUUGAAGGUAUAGUAAAUGGAAAAAUCCUCUGCCCAUUUGAUGCCGAUGGUCAUUAUUUCAUAGACAGGGAUGGGCUCCUCUUCAGGCACGUUCUAAACUUCCUACGAAAUGGAGAACUUCUACUGCCAGAAGGGUUUCGAGAAAAUCAACUUCUCGCACAAGAAGCAGAAUUCUUUCAGCUCAAGGGACUGGCGGAGGAAGUGAAGUCCAGGUGGGAAAAAGAACAGCUAACACCCAGAGAGACUACUUUCUUGGAAAUAACAGAUAACCAUGAUCGCUCACAAGGACUGAGAAUCUUCUGUAAUGCUCCCGAUUUCAUAUCAAAAAUAAAAUCUCGCAUUGUUCUGGUGUCCAAAAGCAGGCUGGAUGGCUUUCCAGAGGAGUUUUCAAUAUCGUCAAACAUCAUUCAAUUUAAAUACUUCAUAAAGUCCGAAAAUGGCACUCGACUUGUACUGAAGGAAGACAACACCUUUGUCUGCACCUUGGAAACUCUUAAGUUCGAGGCCAUAAUGAUGGCCUUAAAGUGUGGUUUUAGACUGCUGACCAGCCUGGAUUGCUCCAAAGGGUCGAUUGUUCACAGCGAUGCACUUCAUUUUAUCAAGUAA